AUGGGAUUCCAAAUUGACGCAUUAUUGGUGAGGAUCAAAGUGAGACAGGCCGGUGUGGAGAAUAACGACGAUGCUCGCUACCAGGAAAUGAGUCUCAAGCUUCUGGAAGCUUUAGAAGGCGGAGCUCGGUCGGCUGGACAACAAACGCUUAGCUUUCAGGAGAAGCCAGUGACUGAAGGUUUGCAAGUGGACGCUGCUGUCGUGCUCGAUUUCAUGUUUAUCAUGUUCGUUUGCAAGUACCGAACGUGA